AUGAAGGAGAAUACUUCCCCCAGACCCCAGACUUCCCCCCCAGACUUCCCCCCAGACUUCCCCAGACUUCCCCCAGACUUCCCAGACUUCCCCCCAGACUUCCCCCAGACUUACUCCCCCAGACUAGACUUCCCAGACUUCCCCAGACUUCCCCAAUUCCCCAGACUUCCCCAGACUUCCCCAGACUUCCCAGACUUCCCCCCAGACUUCCCCAGACUUCCCCAGACUUACUUCCCAGACUUCCCCCAGACUUCCCCCAGACUUCCCCCCAGAACUCCCCAGACUUCCGAACUUCCCCCCCAGACUCCCCAGACUCCCCCAGACUUCCCCAGACUUCCCCCCAGACUUCCCCCAAAUUCCCCCCAGACUUCCCCCAGGUUCCCCAGACUUCCCCCAGAAUUCCCCAAUUCCCCAAAUUCCCCCCUCCUUGAACCCCCCCCCCCUCCAGACUUCCCUCCCUCCCGUCUUCCCCCCUCCAGACUUCCCUCCAGACUUCCUCCCAGACUUCCCCCUCCAAGGCACCCCCCCUCAGACUUCCCCCCCCUCCAGACUUCCCCCCCUCCAGACUUCCCCCCUCCAACUUCCCACCAGACUUCCUCCUCCAGACUUCCCCCUCCAGACUUCCCCCUCCCAGACUUCCCCCCCCUCCCAGACUUUCCCCUCCCAGACUUCCCCCUCCCAGACUCCCCCUCCCAGACUUCCCACUCCCAGACUCCCCUCCCAGACUUCCCUCCAGACUUCCCCCCCAGACUUCCCCCUCUGAACUUCCCCUCCUAG